AUGCAUCCCGCCGCGCGGAGCUUGCCAGAUGCGCUCCACACAGCAGACGCUGGCGGGUCACAAUCCACUUCCACGUCUUUGACCUGUUUGACAUGCAAAAACAACAGAGGCUGGACGACGGAUAAAGUGCUUGUUCGUUGCAACGCCCUGUCGUCACCGAAAAGUGCUGCUUCCUCCCAGAGACCAAUGGCGCCAUCGCACAGGGCAAGCUCGCCAUAUCGAAGCCGUGACCCUGUGGCCAUGUACACCCACCAUAGUUUUUCUCCUUCUCCUGAGCGCGCUCUGAGUGACCAUGAAACUUCUUCCGACACGACACUUUACGGCGGGGAUGAGCUAUCGCAGUGGUCCACCUGUCCCAUUGCCCCCAUCUUUGACCAAUUGCUGCCUCACAGCGACACCGUCCCUGCUUCUGCAAUCUUCCCCUUUCACCUGAUUUCUGCCUGCAGCUCUGCAGAACGAGCCAUGUGUCAAUACUCGCAGUCAACCACGACGACUACGUGUGAGGUCAAGCAGAAUCUCCGCCGCCGGCCGGCCCAACUGGACCCUGGCGCUUCCGUCAUCGCUCUCGACGCCAACGGGCCGGACCAGCUUCACACGACAGGCAAGCAGGAGAUGCUAUGCAGGAACAGCAAGAAAAAGCGCCAGAGAAGAGAGUCGCUUGGAGCUGCGCUGACAAUGCCAUCAGCAGUGCCCUUACAACACGACGCUGUGUCUUAUAGUGACAGUGACGAUGAAGCUGCGCCGGGGGCGAAAAGCAGGCCAUCUUUGUCGCAUCGCAUGAAGCACGACAAAUCCAUACUUGCGCUCGCCGUAUCAUCGCAGUACAUCUUUGCGGGUACCCAGGGUGGCGAACUGCUUGUAUUCAGUCUCGACACGUAUGAGCGCCGCAGAGUCAUACACGCGCACAAAGGCAGUAUCCUCGGUCUAUGUCUAUCGCAAGACCAGCAGCUGCUCUUCUCGAGUGCAGCCGACCCCAUAGUAAAUGUCUGGUGUACCUCUACCUUCCAGCAUCUCUACGCACUGUGGUCACCCUAUGAUAUUGGCGACAUCUUCUGUGUCGCAUACUCAUCCUGCCACAGCACCGUAUACCUUGGUGCACAGAAUACGAGUAUCCAAUGGUACGACUUGAAAGAAAAGGACACGCGACCCCGCCCAUCGACGAGCUCACAUCCGAAUGAGCGCAAAAACAAAUUCUUCGACUCCCUCGGCCCUGGGGGUGCGCAGACACCGAAGCCAAGCGGGGCUGAACAUCGACCACGCGACGCAGCAGGCGGACAGGAACUCCAGAUCGAUAAUCAAGACAUACACCAGUUUGCACACUACGGAUACGUCCACUGCAUGCUAUUGGGACAGGGGAUACUUCCAGACGCGCCUUCAGAAGAGGUCCUGGUCUCGGGCGGUGGGGAUGGGCGCAUAGUGCUUUGGCGAAUCGACCCUACACAACGUGGAUCCAUUUCCAUCAUCUAUACCCUGGAGGACGGCCGAGAGGAAGGUGAGUCGAUAUUAUCACUCGCACGCGAGGGCUCCUUUCUCUACAGUGGACGAUUCGAUGGCGAAAUCAACGUAUGGGAUCUUGAGACGCGUCAACUGGUGCGAAGUCUCAAGGCCAAUGUAGGUGAUGUCCAUACACUGACGCUUGGGGCUGGAAUCCUGUAUGCAGGUGGAAAGUCUGGGUCUGUGCAGGUUAGUACACGUGCCGGUGGUAGUAUGUUACCAGGCUCCAUGCUGAUGAAAAAAACACAGAAGUUCAACGAGCACUAUGAGACAAUCACCACCUUCAAGGCACACAACGGCUUGAUUCUCGCUUCCGCAUUUGCCAAGUUUGAUGAUAGACCCAUGCUCUUUACUGGUGGCAACGACAACACCAUAGUGGUGUGGGAAGUCAAAGACUGCAUGGAGCCAGAUGCAGUGGCCAGCAGGAGCAAUAAUGACCUCAUGGUUGAAUCGUUGUCGCAAUUCGUAUCAUUUCGGACAGUAUCAUCCCAAGCAAAGUACCGCGCCGACUGUAGAAGAGGAGCCUCGUACCUCCGGUCUGUAUUUCAAAACUUUGGUGCCAUGACAGAGAUGAUCAACACCAGCGAGCCAUACAACCCCGUAGUGUUCGCCAAGUUCAGGGGCAACCCCGCGACAGCGGCCUCCCGGAAAAAGAUUCUCUUCUACGGUCAUUACGAUGUCAUUCCAGCCGAGAAUGAGCAUCGCAAGUGGAAACAUGAUCCAUUCGUCCUGACUGGAGAGAAUGGCUACCUGUACGGUCGCGGCGUCUCCGACAACAAGGGGCCCAUCAUGGCCGCCAUUUAUGCUGCGCACGAGCUGGCCAAGGAGCAAAGUCUGGACGCCGACAUCAUCUUUCUCAUCGAAGGUGAGGAAGAAAGCGGUUCGAGGGGCUUCGAAAAGGCAGUGCAGUCACGCAAGGAUCUCAUUGGAGACGUGGAUUGGAUUCUCCUGGCCAAUAGUUAUUGGCUCGACGAUCACGUGCCAUGUCUUACGUAUGGACUGCGAGGUGUCAUUCACGCCACAGUGUCGAUUGAGAGCAAGCAUCCGGAUCUGCACAGCGGAGUGGAUGGGAGCGCAUUGCUCGAUGAACCGUUGAAAGAUCUUGUCAUGUUGUUGUCAAAGUUGACAGGCCGACAUGGCAAAGUACAGAUUCCUGGCUUCUAUGAUCCUGUCCUACCCCUCACCAAAAAUGAAGAAGAUCUCUACACCGAGAUUACAAAAACAUUGCUGCAGGGCAACCCAGGCCUGGGAGAUCCAGUGGAACUGGCGCAAUCUCUCAUGCGGCGAUGGCGAGAAGCCUCCCUUACCAUACAUCGAUUCCAGACGUCAGGCCCCGACAAUUCCACCAUCAUCCCCCGGCUCGCCAAAGCCGCAAUGUCGAUACGACUCGUGCCCAACCAAGAAGCAAAUGAAGUAGCAAAAGCCCUCACCUCGUUUCUGCAGUCCGAAUUCGAAGACCUCGACUCCAAGAACCGAUUGACAGUGACGAUUGACCACCAAGCCGAGCCCUGGCUCGGAGACUUCAACAAUGAAAUCUUCCAGACACUCGAGCGGGCCAUCACAUCGGUCUGGGGCCCCACGCUAGGCCAACCACACGACUGCCAACCCACCCCCAAAGCACAAGACUACUUCCCCCCCUCAUCACCCGCACAACCCACCCUCGUCCCCGCAACCUCAAACACCCUCGCCAACUCCCAAUCCGCAUCCGCAUCCACACCCCCAACCACGACCCCACCCCGCAAACCCCUGUACAUUCGCGAAGGCGGCUCGAUACCUAGCAUCCGCUUCCUGGAAAAGGAGUUUAAUGCGCCAGCGGCCCAUUUGCCCUGUGGCCAGGCGAGCGAUUCGGCGCAUUUGGACAAUGAGCGUCUGCGGUUGGUCAAUUUGUAUAAUAGUAAGAGGAUUUUCAAACACGUGUUUAGGGAGUUGCCGGCGAAGUGA